UGAAUAUGGCCGUGAAUAAUGAGCAACAGGUUUCAACUGUUAUCAGUGCCAAGAGAUCAUGGCCACGUAUUGGUCAACUUCCAAUCUUGUUUUAUCGUUUUAUGCUUGACUUUCAAGUUGAUUUUCAUUACCAGUUAAGCUGAUUCCUUAGAAGUGACGUCCGUAAUAUGCGUCAUUAUUGAUUUUUAUUUGACAUUUCGCAUUUAUUAUUGUUUACGGCUAAUGAAAUCUUAUCAGUAUUUUUUAAAAUUGUGAUCUCUAUUAAUAUUUAUUUAUCAUUAAUCUAGCAGUUAGUUAUUUAUUUAAAUGGCAGAGAAUGAUUCAGAAAACCCUCUUGUUUAUAAAAAUAUUGAAUCAAUAGAUGAUAUUGAUGUUGGCAUUAUACCUGAAAAGAAAGGUCUCUUCAUUAAACAUGUUGAGUAUGUUGUUACCAGCAAGAGAUUUUCUUCUCACGUAUUCAGAAGGUACAAUGACUUUGUUGCAUUUUAUGAGCUCUUGUUGGGUAGAUUUCCCUAUAGACUUAUUCCCAAAUUACCUCCUAAAAAAGUAGUUGGAGUUUUUCCGAGUGAUUCGAACUUCCUUGAAAAUAGAAGAAAAGGUUUAUGUAGAUGGUUGACACUUGUAUCUCGACAUCCAGUUAUCUGUCAAGAUACCCUCUUAAGUUACUUUCUGACACAAAAUGUUCACGAUCUUCAAAGUAAGAUUAAAGAAGUAUUCAAAAAUAUUCCUGAUGAGUUUACUACCUCUCACCAAGCCGCUAGAGCAAAGGAGCUUGUGCCCGCCAAUAAUAGUACAGAAUUUGCCUCAAGUAGAGCUCAAUUAAGGUUGAUUCAUUGUGGCGUUCUCAAGAUAAAAGAGAUUGCUGAUCACAUUGCUCUCAGAUCUCAUAGCUAUUCAACAGACAUGGAUAUCCUUGGAUCUGCAUUGAAUGAACUUGGAACAGAAUGUGGCAUAACAAACUGGGGAACAGGUGGAAAUAAUAAUUGGAGGGAGUUAAGGAAAGGACUUGGAUUGAUAUCUAAGGAAUUUGCCCAGUUAUCUAAGACAGCUGAAGAACAGGCACGAAAAGAAGAAGAUGAAGUUUGUGAAAGACUGUCUUAUCUCCUCGAUAUACUCAGUGGUCAUUCCGAGCUCUGUGAAAGAGUAGAGAGGGGAGUUUCAUAUGAACAUCAGAAUGCACUUUCUAAAAUGCUAACUUUGAAGAAAAGGCAGAUUCAAGGUGUCUUACGAGGUUCAGAUGCUGAAUCUGUUGCUACUUUAGAAAACCGUAUGUUGGAGCAAGAAUCUGUGAUUGAGUCAGUUGAACUAAGAACUGCAUUUUCCCUGUAUUGUGUCAGAAUGGAGACACAGUUAGUACAUACUUACCUUGAAACUUUGGCACAUGUUCUUAACAGUCUUGUUACUGUACAAAUUAAUAGCCAUACUGAGCUUGCCAGAGUUUGGAAUGUGAUCUUCCCAAAUGUUAAUGUUGGUUUAUCUCCAAAUAAAAAAAACAAAAUGUGAUAUUCAUUGUUAAUUACUUAUUAUUUUAUCAUUAAUUUUUGUGUGAUAUCAAAAGUAUUUUGUAGAUUUUAUAUAUUUAAUGAUAGAUCUGUUUAGAUAUUUAUUUCUUUUUAACUAUAAUGACUUUAGUCAGACAUUUUUGUAAUAUUAUAUACAUUAAAUGUAUGUGAGAUAUAAGUGCCUUAAACUUAAUAAUUAUAGAUUAUUGUAUGUUACAUUCCAAAUGAAAAUUUAGAUCUAAAAGAAAAUUUGUAAUAUAUAUAUUGUUAAAUUUAAUGUGUAAUAUGUAAUGAAAUAAAUAUUAAUGUUAUUUUAACA